AGUACGCGUGUGCACUGGAGGAGGCGGGGCCUGCUCGCGGGGCGGCCCUGGCCGCGGGUGAGAAGAGGAGAGGGGUUUCCGCUUCCGGCGGGAGACGGAAGCUACUGUCUCCCGGGUGAACGAGGCCGACGCAACGAGGGGAAAAGAGUGUUUGCCCUCCUACAGACAUGGGGCGCAGAAAGUCAAAACGGAAGCCACCCCCCAAAAAGAAGAUGACCGGCACCCUAGAGACCCAGUUCACCUGCCCCUUCUGCAACCACGAGAAGUCUUGUGACGUAAAAAUGGAUCGUGCCCGCAACACCGGCGUCAUCUCCUGUACUGUGUGCCUAGAGGAAUUCCAGACGCCCAUCACAUAUCUGUCAGAACCAGUGGACGUGUACAGCGAUUGGAUAGAUGCCUGCGAGGCGGCCAAUCAGUAGCAAUGCAGAGGACCCACUCCCUUGGCAGUGCCAUCUGCAGUGGACCUGCCCCACUGGCUGCCAGUCCAGAGACAUUCCAGGGUCCAGGGUGUGGGUCCAGGGCCUUCACAGCCCUCUGUGUGUAUGGAGUGGGUGUGAGUGUGAGUGUGUGUGGCUGCGAGCGUGGCCGUGGCAGUGUGCUUGUGGACACGGACUGGAGGUGAGGUGGGGUUGUUGUUCCCCCCCCCGCCCCGAGGGGGCCUGAAGUGCUUCACUUGUCUCUGAAAGCCUUUAACUUGCUCACUCCUCCUCGGAGCCUGUGUCCUGACAUUCUGGGCAAGGACAAGGCCAGCAGAGGCUGCCUCGGGACCCUCCAGCCUCCUCAGCCUCCUCACCAGCACCUUGCCCUUUUGAACCGGACUGCCCUCCCUCCUUCCCUGCCUUCCAAGGCCUGCGGCCUGAGAUUCAGAGCCACAGUGUCAUAGCCUCCUUGGCCAGGCCGUGGUGGGACAGCCCCUUUUCAUGUUUAGUUGCUUUUGUAGAGAAGGAGGGGCUGGGUCAGGGAUAGCUGUCAGCCCCAAGCCCUUAAAUAAAGCAGCCAGUGCAAACUCC